UUCUCACUCCUCACCAAAUGGAAUCCGAUUCAGACUCCGACGGUUCCCACAUCUCUUCUACUCCUCCCAGAAACCCCAUGCCGCCGCCGCCGCUGCCGCCAACUCUACUCUCCUCUCACAAAUCCAAAAUUAGGCUAAAAUCCUCCUCCUCUAGCUCAAAAUCUCAAAGAAAACCACCAUCUGAACCAGCCGAACCGCCUCCACAACCUUCUCUAGACGACAAUUCACUCAACCUCCCCCCCCUCUCGACUCUACCUUUCCAGAUCCGUUGCUCCUCCAAUCUUCACCGCCCAAAUCUGAUCGAAACCCUCCCCGCCGGCUACUUCUCUAAAUCUACAUUCUUUUCCAAAAUCCAAAGGCCUUCCCUAAACUUCGAGCCGUCGGAAAGCUUUACUUGCCCGCCGGUUUCUGCUGAUCGGGCUCCACCGGAAAACAAACCGAAUAAUUUCAUUAAGAAGCAUCCUAAUUUAAUAGGAGCUAAUGCGCCCUUACCACCUGCGAAAUUGCGUAAAUGCAGUGAAGGUAAUUUUGUGAAGCUAAAUUUGAAUCACGGUAGAAGGAAGUUUGUGAACCGAAAAGGGAAAAAGAAAAGCAGUUAUGCGUCGAGCAGCAGGGGAUUUUAUAGGAGAAGUAAGAGAAAAUCGAAAGGUGAAGGUGAUGUGGAGAUGGAGAGCGUGUGCGACGAGGAAGGUUUGGUCACGGAAAUUGGGCAACAGAAGCCGAAGAAGGGGUGUGAGUUAAUUGAUGAGGCGGUUUUGGAGGUGCAAAAUGAGGCAUCGGAUGAGAAUUUAGCGAGGUUGCUGAACGUGGUGUAUGGAUAUGAUUCAUUUAGAGAAGGGCAGCUGGAGGCAAUCAAGAUGGUGCUAGAUGGAAAAUCGACUAUGCUUGUUUUGCCUACUGGUGCUGGUAAAUCACUGUGUUAUCAGAUACCAGCAAUGGUUUUCUCAGGAGUUACACUUGUGGUGAGCCCUUUAGUGGCAUUGAUGAUUGAUCAGUUGAAACAGCUGCCUCCUGUGAUUCAAGGUGGCCUUUUGUGCAGCAGUCAGACACCCCAAGAAGCUAGUGAGACACUAAGGUUGCUGCAAGAAGGGGGCAUAAAGGUGCUUUUUGUUUCACCAGAGAGGUUCUUAAAUGCGGAAUUCUUGUCGAUUCUCUCACCUAUUCCCAUUUCACUUCUUGUGGUAGAUGAAGCUCACUGUAUUUCUGAAUGGUCACACAACUUCCGGCCUUCAUAUAUGAGGCUCCGUGCAUCUUUACUUUGCACCAGGCUCAAUAUUGGAUGCAUUCUUGCAAUGACUGCAACUGCUACUACAACAACUUUGAAUGCUAUCAUGUCUGCUCUAGAGAUUCCUUCCACCAACCUCAUUCAAAAUGCCAAGUUGAGGGAUAAUAUGCAAUUGUCAGUAUCUUUAAGUGGAAAUAGAACGAAAGAUUUGCUGACAUUAAUUAAGUCUCCUCCCUUCGUAGAACUUCAAAGCAUCAUUAUAUACUGCAAAUUUCAGUCUGAAACUGAUAUAAUAAGCAGAUACUUAUGCGAUAACAACAUCUCAGCAAAGAGUUACCAUAGCUCUAUCACUUCAAAAGAUCGCAGCCGUAUACAAGAACUGUUUUGUUCAAACAAGAUUAGAGUGGUGGUUGCAACUGUGGCUUUUGGCAUGGGUCUUGACAAGAGGGAUGUUGGAGCCGUAAUUCAUUAUAGUAUGCCAGAAAGCUUGGAAGAGUAUGUUCAGGAGAUUGGACGUGCUGGACGAGAUGGGAGAUUGUCCUAUUGCCAUCUCUUUUUUGAUGAUACCACCUAUUUCAAGCUUCGAAGUCUUAUGCACAGUGAAGGAGUAGAUGAAUAUGCAGUAAACAAGUUCCUCUUCGAAAUAUUUUCCACUGACAUGAAGCACCCGGGGAAAAUCCAUGCAAUAAUCAAAGAAUCUUCAUCUCGCAAAUUUGAUAUGAAAGAAGAGGUUAUGCUCACACUCUUAACACAGUUGGAGUUGGGUGAAGUGCAAUACAUUCAUCUACUUCCACAGCUAAAUGUUACUUGCACUUUGAAUUUCUACAAGACUUCUCCAAUGUUGCUUUCUGACAAGGAUAAUGUGGUUUCAGCAAUUCUUAAAAAGUCUGAAACUAAGCAAGGUCAAUAUGUAUUUGACAUACCUACCGUGGCAAAUAGCAUCGGGGUUACAACUACUGAGCUAUCAAAUCAUCUACAAAGUUUGAAGUUGAAGGGCGAAAUAACAUAUGACGUCAAGGAUCCUGCCUAUUGUUAUUCAAUCGUGGAAGUCCCAAGGGAUUUUUGUUCUCUCUCAAGGCAUCUUACAAAAUGGUUAUUGGAGGUCGAAUGUUUUAAGGUACAAAAACUAGAUGCAAUGUUUAACGCAGCAAUCUUUGCUGUGAAUGAUUGCGAGAAGAUGCAAGGCUGCCAUGGUACCCAGCACACACCAUGUUUGCAACGAAAGAUCUUGGAUUACUUCAAGGAUGAUGGUAGACGUGAUAUACCUAACAAGAUGGGACAAAGCAGCCCUUUUUUACGAGCAGAUAUAAAGGUGUUUCUGCAGGGCCAUUCACAGGCCAAAUUUACCCCCCGAGCCAUUGCAAGAAUAAUGCAUGGCAUUGCUAGCCCAGCCUAUCCAUCUACAACUUGGUCUAGAACUCAUUUCUGGGGAAGGUAUACGCAGAUUGACUUCCAAGUGGUCAUGGAAGCUGCGAAGGUGGAACUCAUGAAUUUUGUUGGGAAGGAUGCCCUCUAGACUUUAAGGAUCAGGCUUCAUGUCCAUGGAACUAUUUUGGAGGGGACUGAAGGAUAGUUAGUGGUCUGGUUGGAUCUAUGGAUUACGAAAAGGCAUGCAUCCUCAAACCAGUCUAUGUCAACACAUGACUUCAGAAAUCAAAUUGCAAUGACUACGGAGUUAUUAUAGCUAAGGGAACGAGUGAAAUUUCAGAUAAAUCAAGCUAUACAACCCACAUGAUUGGUGACCUUUUUCUGUUUGUCCUGCUUGCACUGCACACUCAGAUUCAUUUCAAUUACAGACUGGAGCAGGUAUUUUGUGCAUCAAUUAUAUGAGAGAGAAAGAUUUAAAGGUGGUAAAUCAAUAAUGUCACAGACGUCUCAAUACUGGUUUGGAUAGUCUGCUAUCAACAACAGUGAACAUUGUGCACGAUCUGAUUUUUUCUGCUUGGUCGAGUCUAGGAGCGUGUCAAAGGGAAAGGAUUUUACAGAAACUGGCUAGAGACUAGAGUUUCCAUUGGGGACUGCUGAGCGUGACCGCGUUAUCUUUUAGUUCGGGAGUACCAAGUGCUAGCUACAUAAGUGAAGGACCUGUGUUUUUAUCAUCACUCCAUGCAUUUUCAUACAAUCUGGCUGCAGGGCACAGGCUGAUCUGGAUUAUCAAUGCUUGAAGAAGCUAAUGAAGAACGUGAGCAUGAAUCAAGCCAAUUACCAGUCAACAAAACCUUUCGCAAGCGGUUUCGUACAAGCAAGAGGAUGGCGUGAGGGUUAAACUGAAAUGGAUGCAAGUAAUUGAAACAUGCCCACAAGGACAGUUCUAUCCUGUGUGUUUAUUUUUCUCCUCCCAUGGAUAGGAGUGCACAAUCACGGGCACAAGUUAACCUUCAAUAAUAAUAAUAAUAAUAAUAAUAAUCAGGAGAGCUGGGUAUUGUUAUGUUUUGGUGCCCAAAGAAGCAUUGGCCUCCCAAGGAGGACUCAGCAGCCCUCGUUGAAAAGUACGAAAUAUGUUUCCAUUUUCUGUAAAUGCACUAGUUAUGGCGAGAGGAUACAUACUAUUCUAUUUCAAAUUACAUUGAUAAUGUCAGUUAACUAUAACUCAAUUGACAGUUUAAUUUUAAUGGUGAAAUUAUCUUACAUUAA